CAGAGAAGUGACCCAGAUUUCGGAGCUGACCAACUCGCAGCCCUCAGGCCUAGAGGGGCUGUCAGUGGAGCUGGAAACUGUCCUGGGGGGAAUUAAAACCCUGCAGAUCAGUCAGGAGGCCAGCAUUCAGUCAUUGCAGAGAACAUACAAUGAACAUAGAGAAGUUAUGAUAGAGCAAAUGUGUGCAAUUUAAAUACUUAUAUAGAUAAAUGUGAUAAUAAUUCUGUGGGAACAUCAGGCAGAAAUGAGCAAUAUUUAAAAGAAGAGAUGUGUAGGAAUGUUGUUUCUAUCUUGAAUGAAUUCGAUAAUAUUACUGCGAAGGAACUUAACAAGGUGAAAGAUGAAGUUAUAAGCAUAAAAGGGUCAGUUACAAGUUCUAUUCAUAAAUGCACCAGUGUUCACAAUGACUUGUCACAAUUCCAUGAAAUUGUUCAGAAAAUUGGAGAUCAUAAGCAGCUCUGCCUUAUAGCCAGCAUAAAAUGUAAACUUGGUCAGAAGAUUCAUCCCAAUAAAAAGGAGGAUAAAGACGAUGAUGAAGUUAUGGUGGACUGGUUGGUUAAUACAAACAUUCGUCUUCCUGAUGAAAUUUCGAAAAUUCUGAGAGGAAUUACUUCUGCACUGGCAUACAUUCAUGAUAAGAAAUACAUUCAUAGAGACCUUAAACCGUCAAAUAUAUUCUGUGCACUUGACAACUCUGUCAAGCUAUGUGACUUUGGUUUGGCAAAGAUAAUGGCGAAGGACCAUGUGGGAAGUUUGAACGCAGGGAGGGUGGCUAAAAGUCAUUCUGCAGAAGUUGGCACCUUGUUUAAUAUGAGUCCAGAACAGAGAAGAAAACAUUAUACCAACAAAGUGGACAUAUUUGCUCUCGGGGUGAUUGUUUUUGAGAUGUUCCACAGUUUUGACACUGAAUCAGAGAGCAAAGGAGCUUGAGAAAGCAGGGAGGCAGGACUUUCCUGAACAGUUUCGGG